CAUCAAGGGAAGCAACUGCUGUUGGAAAAAAUUACAGUAAAACGCUUUUCUUGGAAUUAACAACUUUGAUCCUUUAUUUAUCUAGUGUAAAAUGGACCUUUUAGAGAAGAGUAUUUAAUCAUGAGCUACAAGAAUAAGAAAAAGCUAGGACCACCUCCUCGAUGGAUUGACUGUCCCCGUAAAGGUCAACUUAUUGAUAAGAAAUUUUUACCAUUUAAGACCCCACUAGACAAAAGAUAUGAAGACCAGAUUCCUGAAUACAGUUGUUUUACAUUGGACCUGUUGUUUAAUUCACUUAAAUCCAUGAAGCUAAAAAUGGGUUUAUUAAUAGAUUUAACAAACACCAACAGAUUUUAUAACAAAGAUGAAGUUGAGGAGAAAUUUGAAUGUAAAUAUGUCAAACUGCAGUGCAGAGGACAUGGUGAGUCUCCCGAUGUUGAUCAGACCAGCACAUUUAUUGACAUAUGUAGCAGAUUCAUUUCACAAAAACCAUUAGAAAUUAUAGGUGUUCAUUGUACACAUGGUUUCAACAGAACUGGAUUUCUUAUUAGUUCAUAUCUUGUAGAAAAAAAUGAUUGGAGUGUAGAUGCAGCUGUACAGACAUAUGCUACUCAAAGGCCUCCUGGCAUUUAUAAACAAGAUUAUCUUAAAGAAUUGUUCUCACGAUAUGGGGAUGUAGAUGACACGCCCCCUGCACCACCCCUUCCUGCAUGGUGUAAUGAGACCGAAUCUCAGAAUGUAGAUGAUGAUGGACUUGAAAUAAGCAAAAGCAGCAACUACAGUGGACCAAAACGGGGUCCAAAACGAGAAUUUGUUAAAAAGGAUGCCAAGUUUGUGGAGGGUGUGAUGGGUGUAUCACAGUUAAAGUUACAACCUAGACUGGCUGAGGUUCAAAGAAAAGUUCAAGAGUUAUGUGCCUGGAAAAGUAAUGGUUUCCCAGGAUCUCAACCUGUUUCCAUGGAUAUCAAUAAUUUAGAUUAUCUUAGAAAAAAAGAAUAUAAAGUCAGCUGGAAGGCUGAUGGUACAAGAUUCAUGAUGUUAAUUGAUGGUGCUAAUGAGGUUUACAUGAUUGACAGAGAUAAUGCAGUAUUCCACGUCCCAAAUCUACACUUCCCCUAUCGUAAAGAUUUAAGUAGAACUUUAAAGGAUACGCUAGUAGAUGGGGAGAUGAUUUUAGACAAAGUGGAUGGCAUUGAUGUACCUAGAUAUUUGAUUUAUGAUAUCAUCUAUUUCAUGGGUCAAGAAGUUGGCAAGACUGAUUUCCGAACGCGGUUAGUUUGUAUAGAGAAAGAACUCAUUGGAACCAGACAUGCAAAGAUGAAGACUGGAGAAAUUGAUAAGGCAAAAGAACCAUUUAGCGUUCGGUUAAAACCUUUCUGGGAUGUCUCAGUUUGUAGGAAGGUUUUAGAUGGAAGUUUUGCGAGUCAGGUUAGCCAUGAAGUGGAUGGUUUAGUAUUUCAGCCUGUUCCAGACCCUUACUGUCCAGGAAGGUGUAUGGAAGUGCUGAAAUGGAAACCUCCUGAACUUAACUCUAUAGAUUUUAAACUAAAAAUAGCAAAGGAAAAUAAACCAGGAAUGUUACCUGAGACAAAAGGCUAUCUUUAUGUGUUAGGACAAGACAACCCUUUAGCUGAAAUGAAGGUGAGUCUACUGAAUAAAGGGGGAGGGGAAAGGCUAUCUUUAUGUGUUAGGACAAGACAACCCUUUAGCUGAAAUGUAGAUGAGUCUACUGAAUAAGAGAGAGGGGAAAAGGACAUAAUUUCCCUUCCUUUCACCUCCCACUUUUAUUCAAUAAAGAUGAGUCUAAAGAAAAUGAUUUGAUGGGGAAAGAUAGAUAAUUAUUUCCCUUUCCUUUACCUCCCACUUUUAUGCCAUAAAGAUAAGUCCAAAGGAAAUGGAUUGUUGUGGAAAGACAGCCAUUAUUUCUCUUCCCUUUAACCACCACUUCCAUCUAAUUAAGGUCAGGGUAAAGGAAAGGUGUGAUGGGGAAAAAAGUAGUUAUUUUUCUCCCAAUAUUCCAAUAUUUUCCAUUACAAUGUACUAUCCAAUGAAGGCGAGUCAUUUUCACACUGCUCCUUUUACAUCUGCUUUUACAUUUUAUACCCAGUUCCCUGUUUUCUGUCUACUAGGUUAACAAUUUUAAUUCAUAAUCAUCUCUUUAUUUUCUUCAGUUAUCAUAUCAUUGUGUCUAAUAUUAUGAUGAUCUUUAAAAUUUUCAGUUAUUCCCCACCUAUCAAACAAAGUUUUUGUGGGUAUAUAGGAAUCACCCUGUCUGUUCGUUUCAUCUGUCCAUGUGCCUUGUCAGCACAAUUUCUUCUAACUGGCUAGACAGAUAUUAAUUAAAAUUUUACACAGCUGUAGAACUACCUGAGUAUGUACAUAAUAAAGGGGAGAUAAUCUAAUUCAGGAUAUUAAUAGUAUUGCUAGGCUAGGGAUAUCACUAUUGAAUGCAAUUGAAAAUAUGCUUCUCUAAAACCACU